GCCAGUUUGAACACUUCCAGGUUGAAAAGGGCCGUGGAGCGUCCUCUCACUUCUCAGAAGGCGCAGAGGUGAAGCGAGCACGCAGCGCCUCUCGCUUGCAAAUUCGCAUCUAUGCAUACGCAGCGAACAAGAUAGAGCCAUGUCUGGGCCGCUCUUCGGCAUUGUCCCCGCGGGCUUGCCACUCAUCACGGAACCGACAUCGACGCCGUCUGUGACGUCCUUUCUCUACGCGCUGCCCACCAACAAGAGCUACUCGCACAUAGUCGUCUUUCUACUCCCCAAUGUCGUCCUUCCUGAAAACACAGCGGCCGCGAUAUACCUCGCCACCGCCACCGAGGUCGCCGCAGCCGCCCAGUCUGGCGGCACCCCCAACUUCCGAUUUCUCGGCGGCAUCGGGCCCGGCAAGGAGAGCGCCAUGUUCAAGGUCGGCGGCGGCUCUUCGGCCUCUGCCUCUUCGUCGCCCGAGGCCAGCGGCCUUGUGAUCGGCGUGUCCGUUGAGCCCGCCGACACCGUUGGCCAACGUCUCCAGGAGCUUACCGCCAGCAAGACCACUGGUGCCGUCGCUUCUACCGCUCGGCCGUCGACGGCCAUUCUUGCCCAACGCAUCAUCCAAAACGCGUUCAACUUCCUGGCCAGUUUUAGCGGCACAGCUGGCACAGGGGGUGUCGAGGUGGUUCCGUUGAGAGCUUUUGAGGACUGGUGGCGGAAGUUCGAGUCACGCGUUCGAGCUGACCCAAGUUUCCUCGAGAAACAGACAGACUGAAGAUAGCAAAUUGCAACAUCACUACGACGCCAUGGCGGUACCGGGCUUGCAGCGCCUCCGUUUACAUUGCACUGUGCGUGUCAUGCCUGUCACUUCCAUGUCCCUGACCCGACGCCCAGCGUGCUGCGGGGAGCAGGGAAACGGAAAACCGUCGUGUUUCGGAGAAGUGCGACGGAGACAGCAUCGGAAGAG